AUGAGUAUACCAGUGGCAAGCGAGCGUAAAUCAUUUCUACCAUUGCGAUUAAAACCAAGCACUGGUAUAGUUGCAUCACGUCCAACAAUACCGAUGCCAACCGUAACGGAAACGAAUGAUAAACCAUCAUUAACAGUUGGCAGUCGUGUCUUAGUUAACGGACUAAAGGGUGGAAUCUUACGAUACAUAGGUACAGUACAGUUUGCACAGGGAAUAUUUUGUGGUGUUGAACUCGAUCAGCCAGAUGGAAAACAUGACGGAGAAGUGAAAGACAUUCGAUACUUCCAAUGUGCUCUGAAUCAUGGAGUAUUUGUACCCCAAGAUAAAGUCGUUUUAGCACCUCGCGCACGAGCAUCAUCAUCACAGAGGCCAGCUAGCCGUUUGAAACCUCCAACAUUGACACGUUCGAUUACACUUACAUCAUCAAUUAAUAAACUUGAACUAUCCAAAUCAGUUCAAUUGCCAGAUAUUGUACCUAGCCCAAGCAGUCAGCCGGUGACGUUCGAUGAGUCAAUAUUCAAUGAUAAUCACGAAAUUAACACGCCAACGAUACAGCCCAAAGAAGAGAUUGUAAUUAAAUUUGAACCUCAACCAGUCCCAUUUGAUGAACCUCCGGAAGUUGACUUCACUGAUAGUGUGUCACUCAUUCUUCACCAACUACAACAGGAACAAAGACCGAUCGAUACACAUGCUUCUUCGAUAACGAUUAGCGACGAUGAAACUGAUGACGAAACAGAUGAAUUAGAUAAUGAAAGUGUGGUCGAAUCAACUACCAAUGAAGCAGUCAAUCGAACACGUCAAUCCUCUAUCUCUUCCAUUAUUACACCAAUAGACUUGCCAAAAUUUGUUCAAACAGAUUUAUCAUUUCCUUCACAAGAUAAGAUUACAUUUACCAAGGAUGAAACUACGCAUAAUCAAACGAAACUGAGCAAAAAAGAUGAAGCAAUAAAUGUCAAUAACAAAAAACCAACUACUAUUCCAUCUGUUAAAAAACCUAUCGAGCGACGACCAGUACCCACAACGACAAACACCGCCAAACGACCUGUAACUAACAUUGUCCCACGAAAAACUUCAACCAUUCCAUCAAAGAAAGGACCUACAAUAGCAAAAGCACAGCUGAAAGCCGCAUCAUCAGUGGCAUCAUUAGGAUCACAACCAAAAUUGAGUUUAUCACUUUCGCCAUCGAAUUCUUUGAACAGUAGUCAAUCCGAUGUUGCAUCGAUUACACCAAGUUCCAAUUUGGAGCAAACACCAGAUAACGUAUCUCAAGCUGCAAUCAAUCUCCUCGAGAAACAACUGGAAGAAUCUCACAAUAAGUUCGUCAAGCUUGAACAGGAAAUCACUACGCAAAAAAGUCUCAAUCAUUCUCUCAAGAUGAAUAAUGAACAGUUAAAGAAAUACUAUCAAUAUUUACUGCAGAAAUUCGAUCUGAUGCAUGUUUUAAGUCAAUAUUUUCUCACUGAAAAUGAAUCUCUUCAUCGACAACAUCAACGACAAUUAUCUCAAGCGCGAUUAACAAAUGAUCAAUUAAAAAAAUCCAUUGAGCUAUUACAAACCACGCACAGAAACGAUCUGAUUACAUUAGAAAAACAACAACAGAAUCGUAUUGACAUUCUGAAUAAAACUCACGAACAACAAAUAAAUGAAUACCAACAAAAGAACAAACAAUUAUUGCAAGAAAAAACUGAAGUGGAAACUCACUGUGCGAUUCUCCAAGAGAAAGUCGAUGGUUUCUUGACUGAAAUGGCUAAUAGUGAACAUGCCGAUGUUCUUCUAUGCCAUAUGGAAACAUUAGAAAAAGAUCGAACGAGCUUGCAAAGUGUACUCGAGUUAAAAAACAAAGAAAUUACACAAUUACGAACAAAACUUCAUGAACAAGAAUCCCAAUUAACUGAUAUAAAAGCAUUACGAAAGCGUGUGGAUAUGGCUGAGAAUCGAAAUCAAGAUCUGGAAUACCUACUCCGACAAAAACAAUUGAGCGAAAAGGCUGCUGUUAUUGAACGCGAUGAAUUACGCGAGCAAGUCACACAACUUGAACGCGAUAAUGGUCAAUUAAAAUUUGAGAAUGAAACAUUACGAUAUCGGCUACGUGAACGAUCAUUCUCAGUGUCAAUGAUCGUAGAUAAACCAACAAUCUUACCCAAUCAAAUUCCUCCUGUGUCUUCAAAUACAGAACCAGUUCGCAACCGUGCUUUUAGCAUAUCAUCAACGAUGCUUCUUACGCAUGACCACGAACGUAUAACACGUUCGUUAUCAUCUUUAAAUUGUAUUCUUAAUCGGUGA